AUGUCUGCCUAUAAGAACAUCGCCAUCGUUGGUGCCAGCGGAAGCACAGGAAAUAUCAUUCUCAACGCUCUCACCUCCACAAACCUCACCGUCACCGUCCUUGUUCGCAAAGAAAGCAAAGCAACCUACCCCGCAAACAUCAGAGUGCGCCCAACGGAUUUCUCCGAAAAUGACCUCACCGAAGCUCUAAAGGGUCAAGACGUACUCAUCUCCGCUUUGGGCGUCGAAGGCUUCGAUCAACAGCAGAAGCUAGUUGACGCCGCUGUUCGUGCGGACGUUAGGCGUUUCUUGCCUUCUGAGUUCUCAUCUAGUAGUGAGGAUCCUGUUGUGUUGGGGUUGUUGCCGCUUUUUGAGGUGAAGAAGAAUUCGAUUGAGUAUUUGAAGAGUAAGGAGAAGGAUGGGUUGAGUUGGACUGGUCUUGCUACUGGACUUUUGUUCGAUUGGGGUAUUGCAAACGGCUUCCUUGGUUACGACAUUAAGAACCGCACCGCAAAGAUCUGGGAUGACGGCAACAAGAAGUUCACCCUUACAAACGAGAGACAACUCGGCCAAGCUAUCGUCUCAACCCUUGAACACCCCGAGGAAACGCGCAACCGCUAUCUCUACGUCUACUCUGUCGUGACGACACAGAACGAAAUUCUGCACUCCCUUGAAAAGGCCACCGGAGGAAAGUGGACAGUUGAAAAGACGACUACUGAUGCUGAAAUUGCUGAAGCGGGAAAGAGAUUAAGUGCUGGAGAUUUCAGUGGUGGAUUCAUUCUUGUUCAUGCGAUUACUUAUGGAAAUACGGAGGGUCUGAGAGCUAAUUAUGCCGAGGAGAAGAACUUGGGGAAUGAUAUCUUGGGAAUUGAGCUUGAGAGCGUUGAUGGAACUGUUAGGCGGGUUGUUGGAAACUGA